UCUUUACACUUAAUGUUGAUUUUUCCAAUCAAUCCUGGCUCAGAUUCAUCUGAAUAUUAGUAUGGUUUUCUAAGAUCAAACAAGGUUGUUAAAAUCAUGUCAAUCCAUAUUCCAGAAGAGGUAAUCAACAUCAUACUCUUUCCCAGUAAUUUCUCUAUUAAAAUUCAGGUGUGUUUGUAAGAAAUGGUUAAAGCUGUUUAGUGAUCCUAAUUUUAUUGAAAUGCAUCAUAAACAUACUAUUGAAAGGAACAUAUGGAGUCUCAUGCUUCUUGUUGAGACAUCAGAACUUUCUAUAUAUAAAAAUCGCCUGUACUCGGUAGAAUUUCGUACUCCCUCGCCAUCGUCAUCAUCAUUAACCACUUAUUAUGAAGAUGUGGGGGUAGAUUUACCACGGUGUUCUAUCCCAAAUUAUGAAUGGAUUGGUGUUAUGGAGUCUCGUAAUGGUUUGAUUUACUUGCGUUAUGAAGCAAGGCAUGUUUGCCUUUUCAACCCAUUUACUAGAGAAUUUAAGGAAAUACAAUUACCAGUAUUAGUUGUUGAUGACUACGAUUUCAGUAUUUAUGGAUUUGGAUACGAUUCAAAGAUUAAGGAUUUCAAGAUUGUAGACAUCUCCGUCACUUUUGAGGAGAGAGGUGAGGCUACAGUCAUGGUGUUUACAUUGGGACCGAAUUCAUGGACAAGUGUAGAGAAAGUGUUACCUGUUCACGACGAUGAUAUGGAUGGAGAAGGGGUGUUUGUUAAUGGAGCUCUUCAUUGGUUGACAACUUCUUGCAUUUUAGCUUUCGAUAUCGAGGACGAGACAUUCCAAGAACUGCCACAACGUGUCUUCGGUACUGAAAGAGGGAUCUGUGUACUGGGUGGAUGCCUUUGCAUAUCUAGCAGAAAAGAUAAUGUUAGUUUUGAGGUAUGGGUGAUGAAUGAGUAUGGAAUUGGAGAGUCUUGGAGUAAAUUUUUUGCCAUAUCCUCACCAACAUUUGAAAAGUGGACAUAUUUCAAACCAAUCCACUCUUUCGAGAAUGGUUUGAUUCUUUUACGGGUUGGUGAUUCACUUGUUUCGUAUUACCCAAACAUAGAACAGGUAGAACUCUUGAGUUUCAAGGGAUUCCAGCUUGGGCCAACCUAACUACUCUGUUUGGAAACCUAGUGUCACUUAACUCGGGUAUCUAUAUGCGGUCUCAGGAACAAACAGAGGAUGGAGCAGAAUACAUUAACGGGAUUCCGUUUUGACAAAAACAACCAGAGUGAUCGCAUCAAGAGCCAAGAGGAUGUCCAUCUUUCCACGACUCAUUGCACAGCGUUCUGACUUCCAGGUCCGACCAUCUACUUCUGCUGUUAGAUCGGAAAUGAGCAACAUCAUGCAGUUGUCUGAGCUUUAAUAAUCUUGGAGGUGGAGGUGGAGGUGGCUAAUGCUCGUAAGGACAUGUAUGCUAAAUGAUUUUUCACUGCUGUUUAGUAUCGCUUUUGGUUGCAUUAGAAAUGUACCAUCCACUGGGAAUCUUGUUUUUCUAACUAGUUGGAGUUAGACUGCCAGCACAUGGCCUAACCUAAUUUUGUAUAAGUGAAAGUGGUGUUUGCAAUUUGUUCCUUACUUUCAAUGCGAGUAGAUCUAAUUUUGUAGCACAUUAUACUAAGAGUUGUUCAUGUUAGCGUUUGGGGGCAAUAGACGUGUUGUUCCACGGAUUUUUGCUCAGGAAACAUAUGGAGAUGGCAUGCAAUGGUACUACAUGAGCUUGGAAUAAAACAACUCCUGACUUCACUGUAGGAACUUGUCAAAAAAUGAAUAUUGAAGGGGGCGGCUUGUGAAGAUUGCCGACUUGUUGCGAAAUUUGUACCUUGGACUUGUACCUUGCUGCCAGAACUGAGCUGUGUCAAUAAUGUUUCAAUUUUCUCAUUGAGAUUGCUUCUUCAUGUCUUGUAUCUCACAGGAGCUUUUUUCUGAUUCUCUGGCUUCAACUAUGUUGUUCUUGAAGUUAUUCUGUAAUUACUUUAUUGGAAAAAUGUUUUGAUAAUUGUAAACAUUGUUUGGGGUUUUGUUUCGGGGCUUUUUCAAUUAUUGCAAUUUGUAUCCCGAACAAGUGUCAUUGUUCAGAAGCUAUUUUUUGGAAUUCUAUAAGGUUCUGUAAA